AAAAUGUAGCUGGAGGAAAGACGGCAUAUCAGAGUUCUUAUUAUUCUGGCUAUUCUGAAACAUCUGCCAACAAAGGAUGUGAUGGUGAUAACACCCAACAGACGUGUAUACUCACAAACACGAACCAGCCCUUUACCUGGUGGGAGGUGGAUUUACAAAAGUACUACUAUGUCAGUCAAGUGUGGAUCUACUUUAGGACUGAUUAUGCGGUUAGGAGGAACGGUAUCCACGUGUAUACGUCUAAUUCGUCAAGACAGGGAAACGCUGGGUACGACUGUGGUCAGGUUACAGGACAGCCAGAUGGAUCUGACAUCAAUGAUGUGACACGUAUUACAUGCAAUAAUGUGGCAAGAUAUGUGACAGUGUACCAAGCCACGAAUAAUGGAAAUGCUACCGCUAUGGAUUUUUGUGAGGUUGAAGUUUAUGCAUGUGAGUUGGGUGUCAAAUAUGGCUCUACCUGUGACAAGGUCUGCAACAGCCGCCACUGUGCCGUACAAUCCUCAUCAUGUAACGUGCAGACAGGAGACUGCGGUACUGGAAGAUGCCAGCAAGGGUGGACAGGGGUUGACUGCACAACAGCAUGUAAACUAGGAGACAACUAUGGAGCUAACUGUAACAGGAACUGUCGAUACAGACACUGUGUUUCUCAAGCUGCACCCUGCACUACAGACACGGGAGAUUGUGGUAAUGAGGGUUGUGAACCUGGCUGGACGGGAGUCGACUGUACACAACCAUGUAGUAGAGGUACAUACGGCUCCGCGUGUUCUCGACAGUGUUCAGCUCGACACUGUGAAGGAGUCUCGACAUGUGAUCACAUAACUGGUGGAUGUGUUGGAGGAU